AUCAUCAAUAAUUUUGGCUGGUGAAAUGUAAAAUGUAAAUGUUCCAUCUCAAAGAGAAAGUAGUUACUUACCAGUUACUACUUACUAUUUUAUUAACGUUUUAAGAAAAAAUACAUAAAACCUUUUCCCAUACGCCGAAUAUGAGAAUAGAUAUUUUGAUGAGACGUAAAUCAUAGUUUUAGAUCAUCGUUAUAAUAUUAUUAUAGGUGUUUUAAUGCCAACGUGAAUAAAAUUAAAAAGUCGAACGUCGUUUUCAUUUAUAUCGAUAUAUAUAAGAUAAAAGGCUUUAAUAACUCAACGAAAAAUUAUCUUUAAAGUAUACUUCCUAAUAAAAACCAUUGUCAUCGCUGAUUAACAUACAUAUCUGGUAAUUUAUAAGAUGGCUCAAGGACCAGCUUUAGUUUGUAGACUUUUGGCUUCAUCAGUAUCUGUUGCCCAUAAAGCUGGUAAAAUAAUUCGCGAUGUUAUGCAAAAAGGAGAUUUGGGAAUAAUUGAUAAGGGUGAAAAUGAUUUGCAAACUGAAGCUGAUAGAUCUGCACAACGUUGUAUAGUUGCAUCUUUUAAAAAUCUGUAUCCAAAUGUGAAUAUUGUAGCAGAAGAAGUUGAUAAAAUUAGUCAAAAUUUGGAUGUUCCUGCAGAUUGGCUAAUUACUGAUCUUGAUCCUAAAAUAUUGGAUUUAGAGUGUCCAAAAUCAUUACAGGGUGUUACAGAAGAUCAAGUUACAAUUUGGAUUGACCCAUUAGAUGGAACAUCAGAAUUUACAAAAGGUUUAAUAGAUCAUGUUACAAUAUUGAUUGGAGUAUGUGUUAAUGAUGAAGCUGUGGCUGGAGUAAUUUAUCAACCGUUUUGGCAAAACCGUGGUCGAGCUCUUUGGGGUCUGGUUGGCAGUGGUGUAGGUGGAUUUGAGUUAAAAGAACCUCCUCAAACAAAGAAAGUAUAUGUAACUACAAGAAGUCACUAUGAUAAGGCAAUAGAAAAAUUUAUUGAUGGCUUAAAACCUUGUGAAAUUAUACGAGUUGGUGGUGCUGGAAAUAAGGUACUUUAUAUAUUGGAAGGCAAAGCGCAUGCUUACGUUUAUCCUAGUGCUGGUUGUAAACGAUGGGAUACAGCAGCACCAGAGGCAGUUUUAAGAGCAGCUGGUGGUGAAUUAACUGAUGUAUAUGGAAAUAAAUACAGUUAUAGCAAGGAGAAUGAAAAAGAUCCUUUAAAUAAAUAUGGAGUAUUUGCAACGGCUCCUUCUUAUAACCAUACUGAAUUCAUGAAACUCAUUUGUGAUAUUCAGUCAAAAAAUGAAAAAAACGAUUAGUUAUUUAUUCAACAAUGUUUAAGUAUGUACAAUGAGUAUCAUGUGUUCUAAUUCAGUUGAGUAAAUUCUUAAUAAACGAAUAUGUAAUGAUUUAA